AAAGCGUCGUCUGCUAGGGGUCAACCGUAGUUGUUGUUUUUUAUCCACCGUUAAUUGGAUAUACGAAUUUACAUAAUAAAUAAUUGCCAGUCAGCACCUGUCCGGUGUUGUCUCUUUUUUAAAAACAAUGAAUUGGGUUGGAGGAGCAAGGAAAAGGGUGAAAUUGCAGGGAGAAAAGAAACUGCAGAAGGAAUUCUUUGAAAGAAAACGACUGCAAGCAAAACCAUGGAAUCAAUUUCGAAGAUCACCUGCAGUGAAGAGCGGUGCUGUCAGUCGUGAUCUACUGGCUCUGCAAACAGUUAGCAGGAUACAAUAUUCAGAUCAAGAUCUUUGUAAACCUGUGAGAAAAUUAGAUUUAGAUAAGUUCAAGUCAACUGUCUGCGGUCGAAAACACGAUGAAGUUGAACUUCCACCGUCUCCAAAUGAAAUACCAUCAAUGAUUAACCUAUUUGAACAUGGAUGUUCGUCAAACACAACUGGAACCUACAAAAGCUUACCAACUUCCUCUUCCAAAUCAAGCUCCUUCUGUCCAAGGAACACAUCAGGUUCAGAAUAUGACACUAGUUCAUCCUCAUCUGCUUUGAGUCAUCUAUCAUCUGCCAGAUGGCAAGAAACUGACAGACAUUUUCCUCACAAACACAUGUCCUCUCAACACAGGAUUUCAAAAAGCAACGGAAAGAUUCUUGAUCCGUUUGAAAAAGACUUUGUUGCAUUUACAAAGAACAUCAGACCAGUGCCAGCGUUAUUGAAGUCAGAGAAGCCUUUCAACAAAACUCAUGUAUCUAAGAGUGACCGAUCUCACCAAACAAAAGAUGACAAGAUAUCCUAUAAACACAGUAUUGCUCCAACACAGAAGAAGGACAAACUAAACAAGAUGACCUUAGAUCCUUGGAUAAUUGAAGAUUUCAAAGCUACACCAUUAGUGAGGUAUGACACUGGCGUCAAGAAAGCAGCCAGAUUAGCAUUUCAUGGUGGAGAUACUUAUGAGUCCUUAAAAGAUAGAGGCUAUGUAUCUGAACAGCCAAAGCCAACAUCAUCACAUCGUCAUAAAUUCCAGUGCAAGGAUAAUGGUUUGGGCUCAAACAAAGGACAUGACAAUCUGAGUUUACAGUCUUGUGGGUUGUUACUGGAUCAUGAAAAAAGCACAGUUCAUGAGACCAGCUUACACUAUGAUGUAUACGAUGGCAACAUUGAGAACCGAUUCAGGGAUUUUAAACCAAAAACAGAAGUGGGAGAGAGAGAAAAGUUAAGAAAAAAUCAAGAAAUGUUUUCUUUCUCAAAUAUCGAGAGGGGGAGUUUUGACAUGGAUAGCAGGAAGUCCAAAAACAUGAGAGCAUCAUCACCACCAUCACCUUUCAGACAGCAUUUGGUUGAUUUAUUCAACAAAAGAGACAUGAAAUAUACAUUCACAGAAUGUUUGGAUUUAAAAAGAAAUGACAUCAGUCCAAGAGAGCAUUAUGGAUUACAGAUUUUGACAGACUAUGAUCUGAUAUUGUCAUCAGGUACAAAUGGAGAUCGCAGAAAAUCAGUAAAUACAUGUAAAGUAAGAUCCCCACAAAAAGCUGAUGUGUUUCUAAGUCCCGGGCUACCAUAUCUGGAAGAAGAACGCACGUUCAAGGGUGAUCACAGGGAUCCCAAGUGUCCCAUACCAUCUCCAGAGUCCUCUACUUCCAGCUGUACCCAAGUCAAACAUACCAGUGUCCAAGAUGAGUUAUCAGAUUUUGAUUGGGAAUUGCAUGGUUCUUCUACAGUUUCUGCUGGUAACCAGGCAACAAACAAAGACAGAUUCAAAGCAUCAAGAAUUAGUGAAAUCUUUGAAGAGAUGAGACAACUAGAAAAUGAAUCACUAGAAGCACAGGGACGGGAAGAUGGAAAACAAAACACAGCUGUCACACCAACGGACAAAUUACAGUCAGUGCGACAGGAGGAUGCUAGAGAUAUAGAUGAGGAUGCUAUGAGUGAGGACCAGCUGGUGGUGAGCCAGGUGGUUCAGGACCUGGUACACAAGGUUGUACUGCAGGACUCACAGACUAUCACACAUAACUACACCUCCAGGUUUGCUAUCCCAUCCAGGGCAAUCACCACUGCCCCUUGGAAGAACUUCAAGUCUGUAUAUGCUGACACAUCUGCAAGAACUGAACCCAUGAAAUGCCACAAUAUUGCUUUUUCUCAAAAUGCAAAGAAGGUUGUUGCAUUUGUUGGCACAUUGGGUCCUGAACAGUCUAUGAAAAGUAGUGGCACACCCCAGUCAUCUAGUGUACCUUCAUCUAGUGUACCUAGUCCAGUUAACAACUGGUACAAGUUGGACCUCAUUUCACCGAUCCAAACAGUAGUAUUAACACAGGAGUGUAUCAAAUCUUCUGCAACUCCCUGUCAGCAGCCCAAAACUAUGGAAGAAAAGUUGCUGUCAGUGUAUGAAGGUCUUGUCACGACUCCAAAGACAAUACACAUUAAUAAACCCAAGUCUACACAAAAAAUAACGAAGGUGAAUCCAGAGACACCUGUCACUUCCAGUUGGAACAGACCCAGACUGAUGGAAUCAUCUACAGGAAAUGUCACCAGGGAUGGAACCCUUAAACACAGUCUCAAAGAAAAUGUAGAAAACAAAGACAAUAAUCCAGAAACUCCUGUCAGAGUUCCCCUAUCUUCAUCAGCAACACCUGCAGCAAGAAUGAAAUAUGAUAAACGGAUUCCUUCAGCAGAACUGGCAGAGAUGUUUCCUGUAAAUGAUGAUGAGAAAAACUGUGACAGUUGUACUCAAACGGAUUGUCAAUUAACAUGUGAUUUUGGAACAUCUCCUAUAAUAUUCCCCUCAUCAGGUAAAUGUGAUGCAGCCACACAGUAUGACAUUGAAAAUGAUUCCAUGAUGUUGAAUGAUGUUGAGAUGUCUAUGGAGCAGGGAGACAGUAUCGAGUUGAUGGACUGUGUGGUGCUGAGAGAUGGGGUUCUUGGGGACAAACAGUGGACCAUCAGCGAUACCACAUUAGACACUGGCUCCCAGACAGAUGAUACCCCGAAAUACUCUCUCAGAUCACGAAAAAAAUCAUUUUCCCCACAUGUAGCAUAGUUUUGGGUGAAAGUGAUAUUGAUCUUGAUUGAUGUUGAGAUGGUGCACAUGGAGUUGAUGGACUGUGUGGUGCCACUAGAUAGGCCCUUCGGAUAGACAAUGGACUUCUUGUAUUAUUAAUAAAUGCACCACAUUGGCUUACUGGAUAAACAUUGAUAAACAUUGUUGAUUACUUUACCUCUUUUAGAUAUAUUUGCAUCAUAAACUUGUUGUUCCCAGACAAAGUGCUACUGGAUUUUGACUGAAAUCAAACUUCCUGGGACUGCCAAAUGGCUCUAGUUUAAUGGCUCUUCAAGAUGUAAAAUAUAGAGGAGACAUUUAAUUGUACAGUGUAUUUGGAUUAUUUUAAUAUGGUGGCUCAAUAUUUGCACUUUUAAUGUAAAAUAUUUUGAAUCAUGUGCAUCUUGUGCCAGUGUUAUAUUUAUUUUGCACCAGGUUCUUGGAAUCAAAUCACUGUGUAUGUUUAAUCUAUUCAUAUUUCUUUCUGUCACAGUUAUGUGUAUGUUGUUUAUGAUGCUUGUGAAAGCAGUAUAUAAAAUGGCUAAAUCCUG